AUGCCAGUUCCAUCGGAGGCUACUCUAGUCGCUAGCCCGCCCCAGAGCACUAGCGAUGCUCACCCUCCUAUGUUUGUACGAUUAACCCCCGAGGCGUUGAGCAGUCUCAAGUCAAAAAACGAUGGUCGCAUUCUGCUCAAAAUUGACGGCCGAACUGGCACUCUCGCCGUCAACGGGACGACAAUAGACAUCUCCGUGGCUGAUGAGCCGGGCACUCUACAGGUAUAUACGCCCUGUGCCGACGACUCCGCAAAAUUUCAGAGCGCCGGACUGGUCAAGAAGCGUCUCACCCUGCGCAAGUCCGUCUCUUCUGCUGCAAUUUCUCCCCCGGCCGCCGCAUCGGCCCCCCAGCCGACUGCUGCAGCUGCGGCGCUAAAAAAGCGACUGGUAAAGUCUUCAGGCAAGCAAUCCCCACUGAACAAGGCUCCCUCGCCCCCUCGCUCACCUAGAGAAUUACUUGCUGAGGCCCCGCUUGUUUCGUCGGCAAUGCGAGUCGCCCACUUGCUUGCCCUCGGCCAGGCCACAGCAAUAACAUUGGCCCAGCGUACCCAGAUACCGGUGGCCGACGUACAAACAUUGCUAAAUCAGAUCGCCCGUCCUGUUCCGGGCUCAAACGACUUAUUUAUUCUCCGCAACGAGUCCUACGAGUAUCUUCGUAUUUACGAGUGGAAGCAGUACAGUGCCAAGGAACGGCUUCAAGUCCUCAAUCAGGCCGAAAAGGCCUAUGAUGCACUGGGAUAUGUGGUUAACGCUCCUUCCCGCUCUAAUCUCAAAGAUCCUCGCCGACGUACCGGGUCUGUGUCGCCAGAACGUCGAGCUCUCAAACGCAAGUCCGCUCCAGCCAUUGCUGUCCCGCCUUCCGCCUCCACGACCCCAUCCGCCUCCGCGGCAGCUCCCGCAUCUAAAUCCCCUCCUUCAUCCGCAUCACCCCCCAGUUCGUUGUCUCCUCCAGAAUCAUCCCAAGUAGCCACCAAGCCCCCGCCAGAAAAGAAACAUAAACCAACAACGGAGGAGGACCUGUUUACAUUGGCUCGCAAAUUCAAGGCAACUUAUUCAGAGUACUCUAGACUUUACGGCUUAUUGAGUUCUGGUCCCCGCCCGGAAUCCCAGGUCAAAAAGCUGCUCACAAUGCACAAAAACUUGGAGAGCUGGAAACAGCGCCUUUGGUCGGCAAGCAAAAACCGGCGUGGUCGCCAAGUACCUCUUAAAUAG